UAUCAAUCUCUGGAGCUUGCAAGGUGGCUAGGAGUCAACCCUUCCUGCUUUCUAUAGCACAUACUGCCCACCUCAUCAGAGGAGAGCGAAAUUAACCAGCAGACCAUUCUAGCACAAAACGGACACCCCGUAGUCUGGAAGAGACAACAUGCUGGAUCAGAUUCACUUGCUGGCUGCUGUGACGGUCCUGGGAGUCCUGGAGCAAGCUUACUUCUCCCUCCAGGUGAUCUAUGCCAGACGAGCGUACGGGAUCUCUCCUCCAAAAGUCUCAGGGCCACCUGAUUUUGAGAGGGUCUUUCGAGCACAGGUGAAUUGCUCUGAGUAUUUCCCCAUUUUCUUGGCUAUUCUCUGGCAGGCUGGCCUCUUCUUCCAUCAAGGUCUGACUGCUGCCUUGGGCCUGCUUUAUCUCUACUCCCGCUACUGCUAUUUUAUGGGGUAUAAAGAGUCCUCCUCGGGAAGGUUAGCCCCAAUGUAUUUCAGCGCUGGAGUUCUCUGGAUUCUUAUCGGACUCGCAGCAGUUGGGAUCUUGCAUUUCUUGCUCUCUCACCAUCUGGGGAUGAAUGUCCUUCUGUUCAUUAGCUUGUGAAAGG